GAUGAAUUGCGCUCUGAAAUUCACGCUGCUUUUAUCUUUAUUCUUUCUUUAUUUAACGGAAGCUAGACUGCCCCCGUUGGGAAGAUUGGAUUUUAAUGGAGAAUUUCACGGAAUGAGAGGACUAAGGGAAGAAUACGACGCGAAAGACUUUAACCUUCAACCUGAGAUGGGACAGGAAUUAAAUGAUAAACAAGUCCUAGAGUUUUUUAUUGAUCAACAUUUCCAAGAUAAUGACGACGAUUGA